GGAAGAGAAUGCGUCUCGUUCGUAUUUCUAAGUCAGCGAGGAAGAGACAUCGUCCGUCCAUCUACCUCUUGUCAGGCACAUCAAUCAAAUAGGAUAAACAUGUCUCAUUAUUUGUAUAAUUCUAAAUCAGUGAGGCAUCGUCCGCUAAGAAACAUAGACGGUUGUCUGGGGAGAGACGGUUGUCUGGGAAAAGAACGAAAGUUGUCCGCAGUAUUCUGAUAUCGAGUGCUAAGGGUUGCCAGUUGUGUGAGCCUUCCUUUUAAGGGUUCAACAUCCCAUAUUGAAUAUUGGACAUUGGAUAUUGCAUCCUUCACAAGAACCGUCUCCCUUGGCCGUUUUUCAAGUGGAGAGAAUGCAGGUCUUCACCAAGGAUGUUGGUCUGAAAAAAGCAAUACACCGCAACGACGUAGUCUAAUGCAUAUGCGUUUCAUGUUUUGAUAAAUGCGCAGAAGAAGCAAUGGCCGUGACAGUGCACUGUCUGGACCGCACAAGUAAUGCGGCUUUUCUCGCAGUUUUUUCGCUGCUGGCUUUCACCGUAACUUAUGGGUACCGUCAACCCAUUUUUUGCGCCAUCUUUUAGCCAAUUUCAUCUUGAAAAGUGCUAAAAGAUGUUCCAAAAGAUGGGCUGCCGGUUCCUCUAAGUAACGCUCACAGUUGGGGCAUGAUGUCGCCAUAGCAAGUUUGGAAGGAAGCUUUUAGGCAUGGUCCUUUUCUCUCCUGGUGAAGGUAGGUCGAAGGGGAAAACGAGUGGAGGAGACAGGAGAAGUGGAAGUGUAUCUUCGUCACAGGAGGGUGACAGAAGUGGGGGAUCAACAUCACGGCAUGCUAACAGGGGCACAGGCACCCCGUCACAGCAGGCUAUCAGAGAAGAGCGAGCCCGAGUGAGCGACCAGGGACCGUCCGUGGUGGAAAUGGGUUGUGUAUCUGAUCUCGAGCGCAGGUAGUGGAGCACGGAAACAGCAACUCGUUCUACAUGAUUUGUUCUGUAGCGCAAGUCAUCUUACACCGACACCAAGUGGUACUCGUACUAGGUCCAAUCCGAAUCGACUAACAUCAUCAUCUUAUAGCGUUCUAAAAGAAUCGAGGACUGUUGUCGAGCACACAUUGAUGGGUGAAUUGAUGGGCGAGUAAGUAUCCAUGUGUUCUUUCAACACGACAAAAACAAUCGGAGUGGGAACGAGAUGAGUGGGAGAUCGGUAUUGGAUUUCUUGUUUGGUAUUUACCUAAUAUACUCCAAUCUGUCUUGAUCUUGAAAGGCUUGGGCUUAUUGAGUGACUGAAUUUUAUGAAUUGUUGGUGUUCCAACGAGCGCGAGAACGAGAAUCUGUUUCUUCAGGCCUUGAUGUCGAAUCUGUCUUCAUCUACACACCUGAAACCCCUGACUUGCCACUCGGAUAGACUUUUCCCCAGCUGCUUACUUACAG